GCGUCAGAUGGACUUUUCUGGCGAUGUGAUUUGAACGCAGCGUCUGGGGGAGGAAAAGCAGGUACCGCGAUAGAUAGCGAGGGAUGGCGGGGGUCGGCCUUUAUGAUCACCCGAUGGAGAGCAGCUCUGCCGAUCAUCUCGUCUCAAGUCUUUACAGGCGCACGAGUUGCCAGAGGCCGGCGAACUCUGGUUCUCGUCGGGUCCGACGGUGGGGAGAGAGAUGUUCCGAGUGACAACGAGUAGGUGAGUGAGCUAUUGUAGCCUGCGAGGAUGGUGAGAUCGUGGACCGGGCUGGAUGAAGCUCAUCUGGCUAUGGGCCCUGAUGCUGUGGUGGCGGGCUGGGGCGGGGUGUAGAUUGGCUUUUCAGGGUGGGAAUACAACAUACAGCUCGGGACUAGUUCCCGUCAUAUUGAUGCACAUAUCACGUUCCGGUGCGCAUAGAUGAAAGUUACUCGGCCCUGCCCGUCUAGUCAUCGUCAAGGGUGUUCUUUUAGCUUCCUGUGGUUAAUUGUGAUGAUGGUCGAUCCCGCUGCGAGCAGUGCUGCACCAUCUGCGCAGGCUUUUACACUGAUUUGAUAGUAUUGGGGGAGUACUUGCGCAUUUCAUAGCUGUAAGGAAGUGAUCCACAUGAUCCGAAGCGAAUUCUCAUCGAUGCUGUCUUGGUUGACGAUUUGAUGCGACUCUAUCUGUCUACCGAUUUCACUGUACCCCGCGGCCGUCCUGAUAACCUCCUUCCCGUUCAGCCUGCCAAAUUUGAGGAAGACAACGAAGCUGUGAAGUUGAGUGCAAAUGAGGUUUGGAUUGCGCGUGUUGGAGUCGGGUGUUGAACUGGACGAAUGUGAAUCAGUUAAAAUUUUUGGAUCAGGAUAUGAUGACUCGCAGCGCAGAGUAUGACUUGUCCUGGAUGAAAGCUGCUUCACAACGCUACUUUCGAACCAGAGUUCAUGUUAAUGUAUGUGGAGUAUGGUGUUCCAGAGUCUGACAUGCUCGACAGGUCCUUGUUGAGUUGCUUUCAGCGAAGCAUUAUCUGCCGGUCCAAUCUGGUAGUUCAGUUUUGAAAGAGUGAGAUCGCGACAGUUUACUUGAUCCGAGAAAAUGGCUGAUGACUGGCAGUCCGAAGACAAGGCCUCCCCGGAGUCCAUGCGAAAACUGAAGGAACUUCUUAGUCAUCCCGAUAAUCAGUUGUGUGCAGACUGCCGUGCUCCCCAUCCAAAGUGGGCGUCUACAAAUAUAGGAGUAUUCAUCUGCAUCAAGUGCUCUGGUGUGCACCGAAGUCUUGGUGUCGACAUCAGUAGGGUCAUAUCUCUGACGCUCGAUACUUGGACGGAUGACCAAGUCGAACUCAUGCUCGCGGUGGGAGGAAAUGAUGCAGCUAAUGCUACUUAUGAGGCUUAUGCACCUCAUAACUCAAGGCCUCCUUCAAACGCCUCGGUCCAGCAGCGCUCAGACUGGAUUCGACGGAAGUAUGAGGAUCAAGAGUUCUUGACCCCAAGUUUGCGGAUUGGAUCUUCUGUUACAAUGAAGCAUUCUCGACUGAGCUCGAUAGAUUCCAAUUCUUCCGAAACAAAUACGCAUUCAGAUGAUUCCUCAUUGAACCCGAAGCCCCCCACGAGCCAUUCUGGAAAGCCUAAGUUGACUGAAUCAAAUUCAAAUCGUCAAAGACCUUCUCGAAGUUCAACGAUGCCCCCUUUGGAUAGGAUUAACAGCGGUAUGGUGGAGUUUAUAGGUCUGCUGAAAAUUAUGGUACUGAAAGGCAGGGACCUUGCAGUGCGAGACGUGCUGACUAGUGAUCCUUACGUGAAAGCAAUUCUUGGUUGGCAGAGCCAGAAGACGCAUGUCGUAAAGAGCAACUUAAACCCAGUGUGGAACCAGGAGCUCAUGGUUUCUGUACCGGAGCAAAUUGUCCCACUUAAACUGCAAGUUUUUGAUUAUGACACUUUUUCGGCAGAUGACAUCAUGGGCGAAGCGGAGGUAGACGUCAAUCCUAUGGUGGAAGCAGCCCGCAUGUACGAGGGUGUGGAGAUUGAAGUAGGCAGAAGGCAGAUAGGAAAGUGGCUCGCUACCUCUGAUAAUGCAUUGGUGCGUGACAGUGAAAUCUGGUUGUCAAAUGGGCGGGUAACUCAGGAAAUGAGUCUUAAGUUGCAACAUGUAGAGAGCGGUGAGUUGGAUAUCGCUCUUGAGUGGGUUCCAUUAACACAGUGAAGAGAGCGUCGCAAGCUGCUUGACUUUAGACCACUCUUGACACCGUACUUCGAUCUGGAGACAGGCCAAAUGAAACGCUACCUUGACCAAGGCAUGAAUCCAGCUUUUUAGCUGGACACAAAACACCACCUCGUGCUACUGAUUUGCAACUUAGGACCUUGGAAACGUAUCUAGCGUCGAAAAACUGCUGUUCACGUGAGGAAUACAAUCAUUUACGGAGGAUAAACUGUAAGUACGUAGUUCAUCAGAGCCAGUCCUCUAGGGAACAGUGCACUCGACUCCACGAGUUUGGAGGUUGAGUGGCUGCCCAUCCUUCACUAACAAUCCAUAUGACCACGAAAUUCUUUCGAAAAGGAGGGAGGGCUGGGUCGAAUGUCAGCUCCUGGGUCUUGUAAAUAGUUCAUAAAGUGGACUUGGAAGUUACUAUCUUGGGUUCUGUUCAAUUCUUCCAUCAACAGACGUGAUACCCAAAAUCCUGGGCCAGACUCUGUGUCACUGCUAGUCUAAAGACAGUACAUGUGUGUCACUUCUAUAUAUUCAUGUGGAGGUUGUUUGUAAAUAAACACUGAGAUCCUGGAAAGUACAUGAUUAUGGUUUGUAAGAUUUGCAGUUACGCACAUUUGGGUUGCAGGGCUGGUAUUGCCAUUAUCCCAGGUUUCAAGGUACACAUAAUUUCCGAAACACUGAAGAAUCGAGGCCACUAUCGUAGAGUUUCAUUUGCAAGUCCGCUGUCUCAUCUUUUAGAGAGUAAAAAUGGUCAGUCCUUUGCUAGUGCACUGCGAGUGCUGACAACAAGUGACCAAGAUAUGGUAAGUUCUGUGAAAGAGCUAUGUGGGAUAAAGUGGAUUCAUUCAUUCGGCGGCGGUCAAAAGUGUACCCACGAACUUGCAGGGGGAAAAUAUAAUAUUUCAAUUUCGUCUCUAGGAAAUUCAAGAGGGCGUGGGUGAAAUUAUUGAGAAGGAAUUGGUGAUGGCUACAUGGGAAGAUCCGCGUGACCCGUAUGUUUGUAAGUGUGCCAAUGAUCUCAAACUGAAGGCCCUUACGUUUGGAAGUAUGC